UGAGAAAACAGAAUCAUGAGUCUCUUCUUUUUUUCCUUCUGAUUUCGACAACCGCGACAGCCAGCUAACCCGCCCAGCCAGCCAUCACCAUCGUCCCAGCAUUCACAAUGGCCCCCAAGGACUCCAAGAAAGGCGGUGCCUCCAAGGCGCCCAAGGGCACCAAGCAGGCCAACAACGCUGCCAAGGCUACCCUCAAGGGUGCCCACGGUCACUACAAGAACAAGGUCCGCUACACCACCUCGUUCCACCGCCCCAAGACCCUCGUCGUCUCGCGCGCGCCCAAGUACCCCCGCAAGUCGGUUCCCCACGAGCCCCGCCUCGACGAGCACAAGGUCAUCGUCCACCCCCUCAACACCGAGUCCGCCAUGAAGAAGAUCGAGGAGAACAACACCCUCGUCUUCAUCGUCGAUGUUAAGUCCAACAAGGCCCAGAUCAAGCAGGCCCUCAAGAAGCUCUACGACAUCGACACCGUCAAGAUUAACACCCUGAUCCGCCCCGACGGCUCCAAGAAGGCCUACGCCCGUCUCACCCCUGAUGUCGAUGCUCUUGACAUCGCCGCCACUAAGCUUGCUCUCGUUUAAAGCGGCUUCGCUACGAGAAAUGACGGGAAACUGGGAAGGUGACUGAGAGGGGAGAGAAAAGCAAUUCGGGUUCUUUGACUGCAAAGGCAUUGGCAUGGGCGUCUUACGGUUGUUGAUUAGAUUCCCCCGGAGUGGCAUCUCCAAUGGGCACCAAUCAAAUCCCGCCAUUCAGGCCGGGUACCAUGACCAUGUGCAGUCUCGAUACGCAUGAUAUGCGGAAAUCAAAUUCUUCUCGUGAUCACAA